UGGUGCUGAUGAGCCUAAAGAUGAAGUAUCUCCUUGUUUAAGAAACCUAUUGUUAUUAUCAUAUUAAAGUACACUUUUAUCAAAUGCUCCAUGUCUCUCAUUUUAACAACUGUCAUCGUAAACAGCAGUCCUUUGAAUAUAAGGACUUUAUUCUGACUUUACCCUCGUCAGUGAUUAUCUUACUACGAUUUCAUUCUCGUAAGUAAUGAUUAAAUUACGACUUACGAAUUCUUGUAAAUUAAUGACUUUAAUCUCGAAGUCUCAUUUUUUUUUCUUAAUGUGGCCCUAAUACUUCGUCGUAAAUGGAUGCCUAACUAUUAAAAGAUUAAUGUAGAAGCCCUAAAAGUUUAAGUUUUUGAGAAAUUACAUAAAAAUUACAUUUAAAAUCGUUUUACUGACUCAAUUAGGAGAGCCAUACUGGCGCUGUCCAUUACCGGCGGUGCUGAAACCGAACAAUCAAACCUGUCAUUCCACCAUUUUGUACUUUUUAAAAGCGUUUUCAAGCCACUCAGUUGUAUUUAAAUUAUUCGGGCAGGGCGGUACAAACUCGCUCGGUCUUAUCAGCCUCAAACAAGUGUCCGUGUUCAGCUAGUUGGAGCCAAAAGUGCCAGUUUCCUCCUCCACCGGCCCGCUCCAGUCAGAGCGUGGUACUGCUGCGCUUUCCUCGUAUCCGUUGCCCCAAUUCUCCAUCGCCUGUUCGGCUCUUUUCUUACGCUCGCCGACCUAUUAAAGGUUAAAUUACGUCGUGGGCGUAGCGGCUCCUUGUAAUGGCGACCGUGCCGUAGAUGUGCCUAGGUUUGUGAAAAUGAAGCGAAGAAGAAGUUAUUUCUUUUAAUUAAAACGCCGAGGUUCCCCCGAAGGAGGACUUUGCGUCUACAACCAUCUUCCUAAUAAGUGGUAAACUAAGCCGUACUUUAAACUUUUGUGCCCUCUGAUAUGAUGAAGCUCAAGUCCAAUCAAACCCGGACGUACGACGGGGAUGGGUACAAGAAGAGGGCCGCCUGUCUGUGCUUCAGGAGCGAGAGCGAGGAGGAGGUGAGUCCGGGGAUGUGACUGUCUGGCAGGCCGGGCUAACCUUAGCAACCGUGGAUGCUUUCAGUGUCUUUUCCGCCUGUAAACCCCGACAGUUACCGACACAGCGGCGGUUUAAUGUCAGGAAGAAACGACGACUUCCUCUUUGUCAGGGGCCCGCUUAAUGUCGUACGUGGUUGUGCUUAAAACACAGUUUUAGAGGUAUUAUUUAGCCGAGUGUUAUGUAAGCCUCUUUAGCAGUCCUGUUAGCGCUAACGUUAGCCUGCUGUGGGCAGCCGGCUUACGGCCAGCGACCACAGCCCACAGCGCUGACUAACCGUGGGGAGCGUGGACUCCAUCUCCUGAUACGGCUGGACUCAGUAAUUAUUCAGCUGUCGUGAAUGACGAGCUCAGAUUUAUCUCCGGCCUUAUUACUGAUAAACGGGCGAAAACUAACUGUUGACUGUUAGCAUAAUGCAACUGGUAUUACUGAUGAAGAGGCUGUUAGCUCUUAGCUGUGUUAGCCCCGAGAAAAACGACAAGAGGAAGCCGGUUUUCACCUAACAUGAACACUAACAACAAACGAAAACAGAACUGACAAUAAUUUAAGUGGAAUCAUUGUUUAAAAUAACAAGGUUUUACAUGAAGGGAAAAGACAACUGAGCCUGAUAAUUCUGGAGAAAAGAUCCUUACUGUGUACUUCGGACCUUAAAAAAUCCGAUAUUUUAACGUAAUUCUGGUUUUCAGAGAGGGUUUAAUGUUCAGUUUUUGUUAGCAUGGUCAUAUAGGUGAUUGUUGUUCUGUAGUGGAGAGUGGGGUAAGUUGAUCCACCCCCUGUUGCUUGUAAAUAGUUAAAAAAAAUUGAUCAUGUGACCAAAUCUUGAGGAGAUGGUCAUCAAUUCAUGGAGUCUGUGAAGGUUCGAAGCACAUGGGUGAAGGGGUUAGACAUUUAUUUACAAAAACAAAACAUUUUUCACUUUGUAAAGUGAAUUUACUCUGUCAUAAGUUUAAUUAGAAUUGUGAUCAGACCAAAAAAGAUCGUUUUAAAUUAGUUUUAUACAUUAAUUAGCUUUGAGGACUAAUAAAGUCAUCAUAGUAGUUCAGGGGUAACUGAGAAAGUAAAGGAGUCUGAUGAGAGGAUCAGGGUGUCAGUUCAGAUUGUUGAAAUGUUUGACUUUUUCUUUUCUAAAAUACAGAUCUGUGAAUGAUCUCAAUCACUUAAAGACAUUCUCAUGGUAAAAUAUUUUUUAGCGGUUAUAUGUAAUAGUAAUACAAAGAAUGAUUGCACCAGUUGAAUAGUGUAUAAUAGAUAAAAAUACACAUGAAUGUGAAGAAGUGACUGUUAUUUAGGGAGAGAGAAGGUGAGGGAGGGCUGGGGGGGAGAGUAGGGGGGGUAGUAGGGAUACGGCUCAACUUACCCCGCUCCUACAGUCAACUUACCCCACACACGGGGUAAGUUGAACAUAGGAGACCACUUUUUUUGUCCUGCUAUAUUUUGAAGACAGUUCUGUUCACACUCAUUCUGUUGGUUUGCAGGGAUGAACAACAUCCUGAAAUAUCUGCAGAUACACGAGUUAGAGACAAAACUAGGAUUGACUUGAUGUAGUGAUCCCAAAUAUGAAAAAUGGCUCAUCUUACCCCUAUAGGUGUUAUUGAAGAUGAAGUGGGCGGUGGGAGUGAACUAAAGCGCUUAAAGUCCUCUUGCAUUUCGUCCACCUCAUUGACAAACAUGACAAGAGGACAGUAUUGAGAACACCUUUCACAAUCAGGCACUCCAGUUCACCACCAACACCCACUACAACUUCAACAAUGAAUCUGAAGUGCAAUGAUCAUCUGUCUGACCACGUCAACAAAAACUGACAAUGUAACGAUUCCUGAUUCUCAGAGGGCUCUUGUAUUGAGGAUGUCUCAGGCGUUCAGUGUAUUUAACCUGACCAGUAUGUCCUCUGUGGAUGUUUGCAGCUGUUCGUCUUUUGUAGCUGAGUUCAUGUUUACAUGACAGGAUGAUUUUGGGUGUUAUUACUCAAUACUAUCCCUGACCUUUUUCAGUCUCACCCUGAUAAGUUUCUCAUACUCCAAAAAUUAGACUAAUGCUGUGUUCGAGUUAACUCGGAAGUCACAUGUUGGGGCUGAAAAUGACGUCACACCCGAGUUACAAUCUACAAAAGUUAUUUUAGCGCUUGGCUUGUCUGAAUAUAAGUAACUUUCAUAGAUUUGGCCAUCUUGUUUCUGCCUCCGAUUUUGCUUUGAUCCGACUUGGAAACUGAAAUGUUGGGAACUCAGGUGUGACGUCAUUUUCAGCUCCAACAUCUGGCUUCUGAGGUAACUCGAACGCAGCAUAACACAAGAGCUUAUACAAUUUACAAUAAAGCUAAGCAUUUUCAGGAAAUUUAAACUGAGCAACGCCGACUCAACGGCAUUAAAAACUAACUUGAAAACACAAAUUUAAACCAAAAAUGCAAAAUGAGUUUAGACUUGAUAAGUACUUGACAACCUGAAUUAAUUUUAUUACCAUUUGAAUCAUCCACUCAGCUGAAUGUUAAAUCGUAGUUACUGUUAAUGGGCCUCUCGCUGCCUUUGUGGCACAACCUUCAAGAAACCACUCAGAUUGUCUGCGAAGGGUUACAGGAGAUCAGGAGCGAUUUAGGAAGCUGAUGUUCAGUCAACAACAAACACAAAGAUGUCUUUGUGGUGGAAACAUUUUACAAGGGGAAGGAGUCGAAUUGAGACUAAACUAAUUCCUCAUUCUGGUUAAAGUAAAGACCAGACUGUACAAAACAUGGACUUAAGAUCUGCGGGAAUCACAUCUAUAUGACCUGCAUGUUGGUACAAACUUUGAACAGAGAUCCAGAUCGGCUUGCAGCCAGGCUUAGAGUUUCUCUGAGUGACUGUUUACAGCUCAAACUCCCUAUUCUUGAAAGGAAAAAAUAAACUGAGUGACUCAUAUCCUAGCUAUUUUCAAAAUUGUUUGAUUUGCUUGCAGCCACACAGUGAGUGGACCACAUUCACACAACAUUCAGCUGGAAAAAUCUGCUUCAGUAAUAGCCUUGAUAGUUGUCCCAUGGUCAAGAAGUGGCUGAUGUGUCACUUGAUAGCAUUACUUGCUCUUUGCUUCAGUAUCUAACACGGAUCAAUGACAUAUCUUGCUCAAGCAGCAGCAGCAGUUGUUUAAUUGUAUUACUCACCAUUGCCUGCUGUCAACAAGUAUCAUUGUGUACGACAGCUACGCCUAAUAUGACUUGUAUGGGAUUUUUUUAAGGUGUUGCUUGUGAGCAGUAGUCGACAUCCUGACAAGUGGAUAGUUCCUGGAGGAGGAAUGGAGCCAGAGGAGGAGCCCAAUGUUGCCGCAGCCCGAGAAGUGUGUGAAGAGGUUAGUGCUGUAAUUUAAUGCAUUGUCAUCAUAUCCAGUUUUAAGCAGAUACCACAGGCUGCCUUUUUGUUUUUGUCCUUGUGACUGUCUGGUGUUGUCAGAUGAGCAUUCCUGUGCAGACUGUGCACUAGUAAACUUUCCUUGACCCUCAUAAUCGAAACAUGGGUGUGAAACAUGCCUUUCUAGACUUAGUACAUAACCAGGAAUAUUGUUUCUGAGAAUGGAUUUCCACUUCCAGCGUGGCUUCUGAGGUGUAUUGUGUUUCAUUUCUAUUCUAUCAGGUCUGUAUUUAACACUGAGCCUAAUACCUUCUCUCAGAACCCAUUUCGUCAGUGCAGUCAUCGAGAGAGAGAGAGAGAGAGAGAGAGAGCCUAGCAACAUGUAAGCUGUAUCAUAGCAUCAUGUUACAAAGCAGUGUCUCGGUGUUAAAGGAGGUCACGCUGAGAUUGAACACUGACUUCCCAGCGGUUUCACCAGAACCUCACAUACAAUUUAGAGAUUUAGACAGCUGCGACUUCUUGAGGAAUAAAAUGUGCCUUUCUGUUUUGAUUGGUACUCUUAAGUUUGAGGGAGGCUUGUUGUCUGUACCAGUGUUUAUUUGAUUCAGUCACCAGUAUACCGGUGUAUUCAACAUCUGGCACCACUGACUGUUUCUAAGCUGAGGAAGAUUUCAAACUAUUUCACCAGAAAUCCUUCCUUAUUCUUCUUCUUUACAGCUUCUAAGCAGUAAGUUGCCAUGUGCUGUCACUGUCGCCAUGGAUUUAUCAUGGCUGCAACGAGCAACUGUUGUGUUAGAGCAGAGUCGAAGUGACUUCAGGUUAUUUAUAAUAGACGAUCAUCAGUUACAUCGGCGCGGUACAAGCUGAGAGCGUUACUUUUGUUUUUGCUUUGGUAACUUCUAAGGCCAGUUUGUGUCGCUCAGAUUGUUUUGAAGAUCGGGUUCCCCUCACUCAGUGUUUGAUGUUUUCUACAAGGAGCUUGUUUUAGCUGUGACAAGUCUCCUGCUUUCAAAAGGAGACUGACCCAGAUAUUAGAGGCAGUAAAUAACCUCAAAAAUCAACAGCAGUUUCUCAGUUAAAAAUGAUGCUAAUGAUUAAAAAAAGGGGCUCUGGUGCUGUUAGCUCAAUUUUCUCAUCUUCAUUAUAUUCAACUUCUGACUGUGAAAAUAAACAAUAAGAGUUCUUCAUUAUUUCCUCAUAUUUCUGAGGGUUUAACCUGAAUUUAAUAAACAUGAAUGACUGGCAGGAAUCAGGAAGGACAUUCAUCCGGGCAAGUGUUUAAUGUUUUCUGAAAGAAUAUAUAUAUAAAAAUGCCAAUCUAGGAUUAAAACAUUGCUGAUAAAUACGGUAAUACAAGUUGUUGAGGUUGUACAAAACCCUUUAAUUGCUUUUAAUAUAGUCCACAAUGUUCCACUUUUGUGCAGUUGUGAAGCUCCUUCUAGUAUGAUCUGUUUUCACCAUCCUGGCUGCAAACUGUACGGUUGUUGAGCUAAGAAGCACGAUACGAUACGAUUCGAUACGAUACGAUACUACACACUUAAUCGUCCCCUUGGCGAGAUUUGCCUCGGACUCAGGUGUUGCCUUCAACCGCAUCCACAAUAGUACCAAUGAACAACUUAAUGUUAAAACUAUCAAUAACCCAUAUACAGAGAACACAUACCUAAACCACCACAACAAACAAAAAGACAGUGCACACUAACCGUAUUACACAAGAGGACAGCACAGUGAGAGAAAGAUAAAAACCAAAAAGAUAAGCACAUCAUGUCACUAUUGCACAAGACCCACGUAGAGCUGGUUUUUGUGAAGAACUGAUGGAUCCACUUCCCCACAACCAAUGUGACAAUACUCUCACCACCCACCUCCACCGGUCACUCUUUGUUUUGAGUUAGGGAGGCUCUUUAGACAAAGAAGAAGUCCACAGAGUUGAUUUUAAAAAUGGAACAAUGUCGUUUUCUUUAAAUGAUCAUAAUCAUGAACCAAUAAGGGACUAAAAACCUCAGAGAACCACGUCAUCGUCUGCUCUCACUCCCAGUUACACCUAAAUGAAGGAAUAAAAGCCUAAAAUAAUUCACUUUUAACACAUGGCUUUGUCAGACUGGUUCACCUUGUUUUCUAUCCAGCAUGCUUUUCACUGUGAAACAGCCUCUUGAUUCUUAAAGCACCGUCCUCUGGGUAAAACUGCAACACAAUACAGUCGUAAAUAGUCUUCCUGUGUACUUUUGGCAUGUUGGACACUGUGCAGGAGUUGGUUUACAUUUUUGAUAGACUCAUUCUUCUCCUGUGUCCCCGUCUAACACGACAAAUGUGAUAAUUUUUUUUUUUCUAUUUUUUGUCGGGAAGGAAAAAUGUCAUUUGAUCAUCUCUAGUUUCAGGGUGGAUUGGCUGAAAUAGGUGAGAAGUUCUGACUCUUAUUGGAAAUCAAUAUCCUUCUCACGCUGUCCACAUCCAGCCAAUAUACCCCGGAUCCCUCUUGUAUACAUGGCGGUCAUUGCUUCGGCAUUUUGAUCAGGAAGGCGACAGGACUGUGAAGACAUUGAAUCCCACCCGGCUGUCAGCUCUUGGCGGGUCACCGACCACAGAGCGCCUGCUCUCUCUCUCUCUCUCUCUCUGUGAUCCAUCACACAGACGGAUGCUGAUAUCAUCCCUUAUCCUGGCCGCUGCUGCUGCUGUUCGGUAGCUUAUGUAGUGAUUGCGGGAUGCCGCCGCUUGCCAACACAUUUCCACAGGGUCAACGACAAUGUCAGGUCGCUAUGGAGGUUUGUUAAAAGCGCCUAAAGGCCAUUCUCUGAAAGUUUGUGAUGACUUGAAUGCAUCACCGCCUCCUCUGGGUCUUUAAGCCUCUUAUUGGACGGUGGUGUAACCGUCCAUAUUCUAAUCCUGGCGAGUUUAUUCUGAUGACUAUAUGAGCGGUGGGCGAUCGCUUAUGCUUAUUGGUUUAGAGUCCUGUCAGGGAUGAGAGUCGAGACAGAGCGGGCCAAAGGUCGCGCAGAGUUCUUUUUUUUCUAAUCUGACUGCGCACAACCCCGCCUCCCUCCUCAUGCCCGGUAGUCGUAUGCCAGCAGUGAUUGGCACAAAAAAAGGCACAAGAUAGGAUUGCAUAAGGUGUAAUUCAGCCGAACUGCUGUACAUCCUCUUCCAAAAUGACGCCCGGUGGUCUUCAGUUACACGAAUGCUUGAGCUGGGAGAGGUUUUCCAUCACAUAAAAAAAACACAGGUUGACUUCUGGCCUAUUGCUUAAUCCCUGGCACGUCUUUGGGGUUUCUAGUGGUGAGCCUGGUCUUUUCCAGAUGAUCUUGCUAAAGGCCCGAAGAGUUCAAAACUGAAUCCCCGGCACAGUGUGUGCAGUCGGCGCUUAUUUAUAGAGUGAAACGUGAACCAGAAGAAGAAGCUGCAAAGAUGUCAGCAAGUAAGUGCCCUGGCUCUGUAUCAGAACCUGACCUACGACUCACCUCUGGGAGUCAAGAUAUAAUUUACAGAUUAUUUUUGUUAACAGAAUAUGUCACAGCGAGUACGAUCAAGCAGCGAGUUACCGCCAACAAGUUCUUCUGUGUCUUUUGACCCGUUUACAAGAACAUUUAUGAAACUCUUAACACUCGGCGAAGAACGUGUCGCUAUGUGUUGACCUGUAAUUAACAGAGAAAGAUAAAAAACUGUAUGAUCAGAGUGUUUUCAUUAUCAGGUGAUCUGGUAUCUACAUUUUUGAUUAUUUCUAUUUUUUGCAGCUUGAUUGAUCUAAAAGGUAAAAAAGCGAAUCUCAGCUCAGGGUGAAGGACUCAAGUUUCAUGUUUUGUAACCUCAAAAUUGGUUCUCUGCUAUACGCCUCUGAGUACUGUGACAUUAUACGGAUAUUCUUCUGUGUUUUGUUGGAUAAUAGUCGUGUUCACAUUUUGAACAGAAGGAGCCUUUUUAUAUGGAAACUGACUGCAGGUCAGCAUUUUCAGCGUUCAGCAUCCUCAGCUGCUUUUAGAUGCUGUUUUCUCUCCUCUCUCUGUUAUAAACCGUUCAACUUUUGGAGCAAUGCCACACUCGCCAAUGUCACUUCUUAAGCCCUGACCAAUCAGAAUCAAGAAGGGGCGGGACUUCUGAUGUGAACUUUUAACGAUGGCAGGAUCCAUGCAAAGAAAAUGACCUCAGUGGAGUUCUUUGAGUUACAGUUCCCAGAUCUGUGUGCCACUACCUGAUUUCUAUCGGAUCAUUAAAUGGAAGCAUCAAUGAAGUAUUGGGGCUGCGCCGAUUGGUCGGUGUUGUCGAGAAAAAUUGGUAAUGAAAAUAGUCAACAAUUGUCGCCAGAUGUCUAGAGCCUAGAGUCACACAUGGGCAAUAGCGUCUCCGUCAAGCGUUAGGGUAUUUAAACACGGCAGCGCCGGCGUCCCAUACAGCAGCUGCGAGUACGCACUUAACAAAAAGUUGAUGAUCCAUGUCGGCUGAUGAGAAAAUUUCUGCCCGUACGAUCAUCGGUCAAAAAGGUGACGUGUUAUUACGUGUGUGCAUGCGGUGACAGCUUACACAUGUUGGCUGUUUGCCAAAGAAUAUAGUGAUCAUGUCAACAGAUGGACGUUCACAAAGGUGAAAUCUAUAACAGGAGACAAAACAGGUGUGUGUGUGUGUGUGUGUAUACCAGUGUUGACUUUACAAAUAUCAGAUUGUGCUUAUUUUUGUAUUUUCCAACCAACUCUCCCUGAUCAGAAUUUUGUUGUUUUGUUUUGAAACAAGUCUGAUCUCUCUGUCGGGUAAAGUUGACGACCUGUGUAUGUGCGGGACACGGCUUUAGCUUUUGGUCGAAUCAAGUGAGACUGUUUUCAUAAAGGCUUUUCUCCUGCGUUAUUUGGAGGACUCAGAAAAGAACCCAGGAAUUACACCGAGUGAAUUUGCAGGGGAUAAAAGCAAUCUUAUGAUGUAAUGUAAUCCGCUGCGAUGCAAAACACGAGCCAACGUUUCAGAAACACAGCCUCAACAAAACACGACAAGAUCCAAGAGAGAAAUGAAAAACCAGGCUGCAGGAUUUGCUCACAUUUUACGGGUCUUGGGUUUUGGGCAGUCCCCCUCUUUCUGCAUAUGAGUUGAGUUUGUGAUUUGUUUGUAAUUUUAAGCAUUUAAAUCUGUCUCUGUGUUUUACAGGCUGGUGUGAAGGGGACUUUGGGUCGCUUAGUUGGAGUAUUUGAGGUGAUGUUUGCUUUUCUAAACUGGUCUUUAAAUGUCAACAUACUGGCCGACUGUUUUUGUGACUGAGAAGUUAAACGACGAUAACUUUCUCUCUCUGUACAGAACCAAGAGAGGAAACACAGAACCUACGUCUACGUCCUUAUCGUCACAGAGGUGCUGGAGGACUGGGAGGACUCGGUCAACAUUGGUAAUUACUCCUCAUAAUGGGGAUCAUAUGGACAAAGUUCUCAGGCAGUCACAUGCUCUCUCGAGCUGUCUUUGCAUUUUUACAGUUCAGGGAUUUUAUUGCAUGUUUGUUGGGGGAGAUUAUAACACCAGCUUUGUUACUGCUGUUAUGACUCUGAACGGAGCUGCUAAUUCGCUAAAACCGGUUUCUUGUACUCUGGGUGUAAUGUUCCUGUAAUGUCGUCUCUCUCUCUCUCUCUCACAUGUUUGAAGUUGCCCUACAAUGUUGUCUUGUUCUGUCAACAGGGAGAAAAAGGGAAUGGUUUAAAAUAGACGAUGCCAUACAAGUGUUGCGGUGUCACAAGCCUGUGCAGGCCACCUACUUCGAGGCUCUCCAGGAGAGUUGCCUGACCAGUAACGGAACACCUUUGGUGGCCACGAUAGGUGGGGAUCUGUCCCCUACCUACAGCAUCAAUCAGAGCUCCGUCUCGGGUAUCAGAUAACUAAAACCACCACCCUGACACCCUCCUGGAGCUGUCGCCACCACUUGCGCUCUUACUUGUGUCAUUUCUCUUCUCUAUUUUUGUUCUUUUUUUUUUUGUUUGUUUUUGUUUUUUUUGUCUCAAUAACAUGGUUUGCCUUGCCAACUCCUUUGUGCCAGAACUGUGGCACAGACUUGAUGACAAGUGUCGGGUGAAUAGUCUGAAACACUUUGUAAAUGUAAAUGUAAUUUUUGACCCCUCUCUUCUUCUGUUUCUUUUUACUGACAAACUGCAUGAGAUGUCCCCUCGCUCUCUCCUCACUCUCUCUCCUCGACGCGCCCUUAGCGUGGUGUUUAUUGAAUGCAAGAACUACUUUUUACUGUUGUAAUGUAAAAGUGUAUACUUAGUGCUUAAGCUGAAGGCUUUUGGUGGUCUUUUUAAAACAUUUUACUUUGAUUUCUCCGUGAAUGAAUGUGCCCAUUAGUGUACUGUCCCUCCCCUUGUUAAUACGGUUAGGAAAUGUCUGUAUCUGAAUGAACAGAACUGUGGAGGUGACUUGUCUUGCAUGAGCACUGUUUUGUUGUGUCUCGCUCGCUCGCUCGAGUGACCCGAUGCUGGCUGUGCGAUCUGGACUGGUGGUAAGGUUUGGAUUCUCCUCAUUUUGGUCCUUAUCGUGGUUGGUGAUGUCGCUUUAAUAUAAGAAGGAUAUGGCCCCUCACUAAUCUUUCAAUUUUCAAGUGUCAAGUGUGCUUCUCUCUCAACAGGGAAGCUAGCCAAGCACUACAAGUUUCACUCUCAUACAGAGUCGAUAGUCAGUGAAGACGAGAGUGGACGAAUGUCACCCCACAAAGAAAAACGAACCACCUUUCUCCUCAGUGUCUUUACCUUCUUUUUCCCUUUUUCUUUUGUUUCUGAAAUGCUAUUUUGUGACUGACUACAAAGUCUUCCUCCACAUACUGAGAGGGUAGAAUUAGUGAAUUUCAAAAUCAUAGAAAUGUAAUUUCAGAAUUCAAUACAUAUCACUUAAGUUAUUAAAAACCCAUCUUCAUACUUUACUCCUCACAUUCAGUUUGGUUAACGACAUUUGUUUACAUUGUGUUCGUAACAUAGCACAGGUGACUUUAGCAAGCACUUUUUCAUUACAUCAUGAUUUUUUUUUUUUUUUACCCUCUUCCUUUAGUAUUUAAUCUGCAUCCCCAAAAACGCUCGAAACACCUGCUUGACAUUGAAAGUAAUGGAAUCUAUAAUGCUGUCUUUGGCAAGAUGCAGAACAAACAAGCCUUGUACAGUUUGAGACCUCAUUUUUAACAUGUAAAAUGCUUUUGGAUACUAGUUUAUGUUCUUUUUUUUUUUUUUUUUUCCUCUCUAACGUCUGGCAAAAGUCUCUUUAGCCGAGCUGCGUCACUCGGCCCCGAUGUGGCGAGAGGCAGCAGGCUCAAUACUGUGAAACUGGAGGCGCUGUAGAUAGCAUGUUAGAGGUUUUUAUUGUAAAUUGUUUAUUUCUGUAUCGAUCAAAGGUGAGAGUACAAAUGACAAAAAACACCUCUUUACACAUCUGUGGACGUACAUGUCAUUUCAACUGAGGCUGAACUGAUUGAACUCAAAGCGUUGGCUCCGGAGUGUGAGGAGGUUUCUGUUGAGAAAGCGUACAGUAAGAACAAGCACUGUGGUUAAAAGUGACGGUGAAGAGCCUAAUGUGAAAAGGUUAUUAUGAAUUCAUUGACCUAGUUUUAAACGGUUAACAAACCUGCAGCGGUCACGUGACUGUUUUUACAAAAACGAAGAAAUCUGGUUCAGCAGUAGUCUGACAAAACAAGAUUUGAAUCAGGAAUAAUUAAGUACAACUGAAGUCUUUUUUUUUUCUGGCGAGCAUUUGGUUCACUUGAUUUUUUUAUUUACAUGGAGAGCUUUACUACCUUUAAAAGUAUUAACAGUGACGCUGUGGUUUUCUGUCCAUAUUCAGACCAAUUUAAAUAUCUUAGGAAGCCAAAACAAUCUGCAAAUAUGGGGAACUUGUUAAAUAAUAGUUUCCUACAUGCAUGUCUGAUUUAUAGUGAGUAGAAAGUUACUCAUUUUAGACUCAGAUUUGUGUAUUUCUAUUUUUUUAAACCAAAUUUUAACCCCCAAAAUCGAAAAGUCCAGUUUCAGCGCUAUAUUUAUUACCUUUUCCUGUUUUCUGUCACCAGCGUUAGCUUACUUAUAUCUAAAUUAGUCCCUUUUCACCUCAAUUGUUCAGUAUCGUUAAUAUUGAUUCUAGCCCGGUAAUCACUGUUUGCCCUUUUUUCAUAAUUACUCAUACAGUCACAUCCCUGGAUAACUCAGACUGACUUACUGAUCGGAGGAUCAUGUUUUUAGACCCGUUAGCUGGACAGAGAGUCCGUGCACAUACAGUUAGAGCAGCGGUGUGGCGGUUAUGACCGUUCCCUCACACCUGUAUGAUGUUUCUCGCUUUAAUAUUCACAUAAUUAUUUAAACUAGCUCUGGUCUCAACUUAUAGCCAAUGAUAGAAGUACACUUUCCCUUCAUUAGACUUCCUGUUAAAGUUCAAUACUUGCUUCUAUUUGACUAAAGUUCACUAAACUUUGUCAGCCACAAAAGGCCAAGACUGAACUUUGAGUAUGGACAGAAAACCGCAGUGUUGCUGAGAGGUAUAUUUAAGUCUUCUGAGAUUUAGUGGAGCAAAUGCUGACCUGAAAAAAGUGGUUGGUGAUAGUAGUUGUGUAAAGUCUUUUUACCCAUGUGUGUUUCUAUGGAGCUGGUUAAAGUAAAUACGACUGUAAAGACAGACUCCUCAUCCUGGGGUCUUAAAAUCCUUGAAUGAGAACAUUUUUCUCCUGACUGACGGUCGUCGACAUAAAGAGAGUGUAAAGUCUCCUGAACAGACUGACUCACCGACUCGAAGGUGUGGUGGCCAAAGUCUUGCUUUAUGAUGCCCUACCUGGCACUUCAUAUGAGAUUUCACGUUAAUCUUAGUCCUCAAGGAUGAAUCAGAGUAAAAGUUUGAGAGACAGAUCUGUAAACUGCUUCUAGACUACAUUAAAUCCUGUCCCUGAACGGUUAAUUGGCGCUGAUGUGAUCUGCUCUUCACGGUUUGACGCGGAUGACAGGUACUGUCAAAAUGAAUGUGAGGAGGAUUUCCACAAGUAACAACCAGUGACUAAAUCAUUAAUGACCACUUGUUCUUCAUCCAUAUUUCCUUUCUGUUGUUUUGUUUUUUUUCCAUGUGUUGUGUUAUGGACAGCUCAUGUCAUGUAUAUAAAGCUAACACAGCACCCUUACAGCCAGAGGAUGCACUUUGGCUUUGGUCAAUCAAGAUGAUUACCCCUCUUCUUUUUUUUUUUUUUUAAAGAUAAAUUAAAAUAAAAGACUUCUCGUAAUUCAAAAUUCAGGCAGCUUCUGAAGUUCGUAGCCAGUGAGUGAGGGGAUUUAUGAGGUUCAAAGCUCCACAUAGGUACGUUUAUGUGGAGUACGAUGGAGCACACACCCCCGUCUUCAUGAGGAUUCCUGCUGUCACAAUUAGCUCUUUGUAAAUUACAUUUUAAAAUUGGGAUUAAGCUUUUAAAAAUACAUAUAUGAUGAGAUACUAAGUUCCUCCAUGUAAGUUACCAAAGGCGAUUGUUAAGUGAGAAAUUGCCCCAUCUUGUGGCCAAAGCAAACAUCAAAAGCACAUCACUUUGCCGCUGAGGAUUGUACCUUUCAGUUUCUUUUGGCGUGACGGUCGUUCGGCUACUUUGGCAACUGAAUGACUGUAAUUAUGAAAUAAUUAACUAAUUUAAAAAAGCUGUAAAGAUUACCCAAAAGAGUUACAAAGUCAACAAAUGUGCACUUCUAGCCGCUGACCUCAGCCUUGAAGAGACAUCUGUGUGUUCUUUGAGGUGUUUGUGUCACUGGAAUUUUCUUUUCCUCUCUUUUUGUCAUUUGGGAUUGUGGAAUAAAACCAGUGCGAGAAGACUGAAGAUUGUAAUAUAAAUGUGCCAACAAAUAAACACCAGUAUUUCACAUUCUGAUCUG